UUGUUGUGUAGUCCACUUGACCCCGGAAAUUCUUAGAGUCUGUAUCAGAAAUCGAUAGUUUUCAAGUUUAGUGUUCUGUUCCUUUCUUAAACUUGGAGUAUUGGAUUUACUUAUUUCAGAAAUUUCCCAUUUGAAAUGUGCCCACGACACACAAUGUAUUCAAUACACACAAUUUGAGCGUCGCCAAAGUUUUGACGAGAUCCGGCAGAAUGAACACUGGACUCUAGGAGGCCGCAAUCAUCCCGGCCCAUGGCUGAGGAGUCCAGCGGCGCCGGGUACAUGCCGGUCCGUGUCAUUGUAGAACGUGCCGGAGAAGACUCCAACAACGACACAGACACUAUGGCGAGCGGCGCUUAUACUGAGGCGGACGCGCCUCUCUCUGAAUGUGCAGGCGCCUCUGGACACUGUGAGGCCUCUGCUGAGAACGCCGACGAUGCAGUUCUGUUUCAGGAAGUCACGAACACUUCCGCUAGCAACGAACAGCAAAACACUAACCAGUCGGCUAAGAAACCCGGUGACCUCGACGCGGAGCUAGGGGACGUUGUCCAGCAAGGUCUAGAGGAUACUGGACCAGACCAGUCCCAAAGCCAACCUGUGGACCAGCAGAACGACGGAGAUCAGGAAGAAGAGCUUCUUUUCCCAGGAUUUGUGCCCAAGACGUUCUAUUUUCUGACCCAGCGGAACCGCCUGCGUUUCUGGUGUCUACGAUGUAUUACCUGGCCAUAUCCUUUUCAUGACAUUAGUUCCAAAUGAAAUUAAGUCUAGACGUUCUCAGACGCCUUCGCCCCGUGUGUCGCCAUUUAAUUUUUGUGUUUCUGUCAGAAGUAAUCAGAAUUCUUGACUUAAAAGCACAGCUUUGUCCUAUUCUCUUAUGUUAAUGUCUGAGAAAGUCUAGACUCAGCUGAAGUUGAUAAUAUGUGAUACAAAUAUUUUAUGAAAGUUGUUAUUUUCAAUGUCUUAAGUGUCCUAAUAAAAUAUAUUUUAUUUCUAAACAGAUCAAUUACUACAGAUGUUUCCAUGUGAGAUUCAAGUUCUUAGAGAUUUUAUAAUUCAUUUUUUUUUUAAUUGUUUUUAUCGACCCGCUCUUUUAUUUUUUUAUUUUUUUUUAAAGUAGAAUCCUUUGGAUUUCUUAUAUUCUCUGGAGCCUGCAAUCUCUUGCCAAAAGCAUGGCAUCAAACUGAUUUAGAAGGCUAUUUGAAUACUUUGACCUACAUAGUUCGACCUUGACAUAAAUAGUGUCCAUUUCGUCAUCCCAGAUCGAAUUUCAAAGGGAAGCAACUUUCUGUUGUUGUUUUUUUCAUUGUGAAUCCAAUUAGAAAUUGAGGAGUCACUUCUUAAUAGAUUUAGACGACAUUAUGUUAUUUCGUACAUUGACAUUAUUUAAACUAUUCAACUAUUACGACAAUUAACGACAUCACAUAAAAUAUAUGCACAUGCAGCUAGACUUUAAAAGUUACAAUUUCAAACCAUCCUUUAAUAUUGACUGAGUUUUGAAUGUAGCGCAGGAUGUCAUCC